GGCUGUCUGGAAUUCACUCCGCGAGACAGGAGAAAAAAAUAUCUAGCGUUCACCACCAAGCUUUAGCUAACGGUAGCUGGAUUGAAGUAAACAUGGAGCUGUCUGCAGUUGGGGAACGGGUUUUCGCUGCCGAAUCUAUCAUCAAACGGCGAAUAAGGAGAGGUCGAAUGGAAUACCUUGUGAAAUGGAAGGGCUGGUCACCGAAAUUUAGCACUUGGGAACCGGAGGAAAAUAUCUUGGACUCCCGCCUCUUCGUCGCUUUCGAAGAGAGGGAGCGCGAAAGGGAACUCUUUGGGCCCAAAAAGAGAGGACCGAAACCGAAGACAUUCCUGGUUAAGGCUGAAGCUAAAGCUAAAUCCAAAUCGUACGAGUUCAGGAGCGAAGCGGUCCGCGGGAUACGCGUCACCUACCCGACACCAGAGCCUGUCAUCACCCCCAGAGCCCGAGAGGGGCUGAGGGCCGUGGUCCCCACCAUCUUCCCACCCAGCACUGUCAACAGGGGCGAGAGUGUGCGAGUCAGGCCCCUCAGAACCGGUCCGAGAGCACCGUCCACCAUUCCUCCAGAGGCCCCCAGGCCCGAUGGCUUUGUGAUUGUCCCCAAGAAGAGAGGGCCCAAACCCAAGCUGCGAUUUAAGGACAAUCCCUUCAACGCUCCUCCCGCCGCCCCAGAGCCUCCCAAGAGGAGGGCAGAGGAGCAGGCAACAUACGGCCCACUCAAACUGGCCAAGCUGGGCCUGUCCGGUGGUGAAGAUAGGGGGUCUGAGAUGAGGGUGAUUAAACUAGCCCACAGGCACCAGGAGGAGCUGGGUGGUUAUCCCCACAAGCAGAUGAGGCCCGUACCUAGCGGGAGCACACAGCAGCACUACGGCCCAGAAAGGGGCUUGUUGCACUCACACAGAAUAGGCUCUGACUCCCAGGCCUGCAGGACUAAAGAGUGCCCCUCAAAUUACUUAUCCCCUACACACCUAAAGCACCUAUCCAAAAAGAACGUGCAUCAACCCAGCGAAGAGCUUCCACAGAGGGGGAAGCCUUCCCUCAUCGCCAAAAUCCCUGUGUCCCGGCUCCUGGGCCAAAUGGACGAGGUGACUUGGAAGCCUUGCUUGAACAACGUGGAGAAGGUUCUGGUGACUGAUGUGACCACAAACCUUUUGACAGUGACUAUCCGUGAGAGUAGCACAGAUCAAGGAUUCUUCAAAGAUAAAAGAUGAUUUCCUCUCAUUUCAAUUCUCUUCAGCUCUGUCUCUCUCUGUCAAUCCUGUAUCAAGUUAUUUGGAAAAGUCCUACUUUAUAGUGUCAUUCAUCAUUCAGAGUUUUUAUGUAAUGUAUAAAAGCAAAUUACAAGAUUGUAUGUGCAGAUGUGUAUAUAUAAUAUAGUCGGAAGUCUAUUAAAUGUAAUGACCAAAUUAAAGGAAGUCCAUUGAAGUUAUUCACCACCCACAGGCUAUUUGAAAGAGUUGCAUGCCUUGUGUACAGCAUUUACUUCUUUCCAAAUAGCUUUUAGUUUUCAACAAUCCGCUUUUAAACUAACAAUAUACUUUGUCAGACAGGCUAUAUUUAUGUCAAGCUAGUACCAUUUAAAUGUUAGAGGUAUAAUGUGGGCGCAUUUGUAAUUUGAUUUACGUGUCAAUGAGAAAAUCAAUAUGGAGAAAUCCUAGGCCAACUAUUUGUUCCUGGUCAUGCCAUUUCAAUUUGAGGUGUAUUCAUUUCAAUUUGAGGUGUAUUUAUUUCAAUUUGAGGUGUAUUCAUUUCAAAGGUUUAUCAAGCACUUUUUGGAAGGAUUAAUAAAAAGUGAAUCAAAUCUAUGUCUUGUUGACAUACAUGUCCUCUAUAAGAGUUUAAAUAACCGUUUACAAUGCUAUAGGCCAGUAGUUGUGCAGAUGUAGGUCUUGCUUCCAGAUUUGAUAAGCUGUUAAUAAAAAUGGGAAAGGUGCUUGAUGUUUAUGACGCUGUCUUUGUCGAGGACUAUAUUGAAAUAUUAUACAUAAGGUCUUUACGUUGACAUCUGUGUUGGACAUAUAAAUGAAAUGCUUUCGAUGUAACAGGAUGAUCACAACCUGAUGUCACAGUUUGCUUUUGAGAUGCUUUCCAGUAAACUUGUUGCAAUUUU